GUUGUCAUGAAACGAUGAUCUUAUACUCCCGCUGGGCGGAAGAAGACUAUCAACAUGGCGAGCUGAUGCUGAUACUGGGACGAAUAGAGUCUAAGUUGGGGAACCGACGCAACACAAUAAAUGGGAUCGCAGCGCCGCCACCAACCACCACCGGAAAUCUAAUCGACGAUGUUGCACCGGAACAAGCCGUCAACAUGCUUAUCGAAGAAUUAAAGAGCGCCUUGAACCUUACCGAAGCCACCGUGAAGCAGUUGAAGGAUGCCGGCUUCACCGGCACCGAUGACCUUUCAGCUUUGGCUAAGUCCUCCAGGUUUCCCGAAAACCUAAGUUUCGUCACCCAAAUCCGUGACCGCACCGUAAUUGAAAGCUACCUCAUCGACAAUGCCACCGAAAUACCGGAUAGUGCGCCAGUAACCUCGGCAUCCAUUGUAAAUGAAAGUGGACCAGAGCACAGACAAGCAAGUCAUCCAUCAGCCAGUUCAUCACAAUCCAGAAACAGUCGGCAUCGCCAUCCUUGGAAAGCAGAUUCCUGCUUAAAAUCUCAUUGUCAGCCAAACCUAGCGGGAUCUCACAAAACAAGACCCCGUCUUCUUAUCGUGUCUGAACGACCUGCCCAGAUCCCACUACGGCCUUACAGAGGCUUACAUGACCAACCCAGCUGUUUUGAUAGCUGUCUCCGUGCCAGCCGUACCGAUGACGAAGCCGAUCCGUAGUUUCGACCUGUGAACUGCUUAUAUAUGAUUUAGUUGGAAAAA